AUGGCGGAAGACAUCCGACGGUUCGAUCAGUCACAUUUUGUGAUGGUGGUGUCAAGCAUCGCCUGGGAGUGGCAUGCAUCUCGUGCCCUGGUCAAGACUCUGGAGUAUUGUGGUGCCUACCACUUCGGGAUGUGGGCGCACGUCUUCGCGGAGCACCAGCAUUAUGCCUCCAACAAGUCCGAUCUGGACCAGUCCGCCUCGGACUCCGAGUUCGGGCACCCAUACGCCUUCAUUGGCAUACCUGGAAUCGGGUCUGGCAUGGGAUGGGAGUCGCUGAUGUAUAACACAGGGCACUACGAGCCAAGGAAUUUGCAGGCGCAGCAUGCGGUGAUCCGUGCUGUGGCGUACUACGACUACGUCGCGCGCGUGUAUCGGUUGCAGGAUGUUGCAGCCUCGAAGUCUGAGUUGUACAUGAAGAAUAUUCCGCCUUCCACGGAGACGGUGCACAAUCCGUAUCCCAGCGGCACGACCAUUGACUCAGGCCACGACAUCCCAGAGAUGCAGCUGAAAUACAAACCUUACAUUGGCACGAUGAAGAACCACAUCACCGAGAUCAUUGAAGCGAACGAACAAGUCGCGCCGUACAAUUUCGUGUUCACAAUCAAGACGUACGCUGAAGUAGUCAAGGUGGACCCGAGGCCCACUGAGUAUCAGGUGACGGAGUUCGACCGGAUCUGGCAGAACGCCAGCGCCAGGUAUUUCCCAGAUGGCUCGGUCCACCUGCCAGGUGUCGACGUCGAGAAUAGGACUUGCAAGGACUUCGUCUUUCACGCGCACCUCGAGGCCAGCCCCGACACGUGUGGCGAGGGCUUCUCAGAGUGCUGUGACCUCAUAGACUGGCCUGGCUUCAUCGCCGCCGAGUGCGACGUCGGCGUGGCGCCGACGUUGUGUAGGGACUACGCGUCCUUCCAGCUGCAGAGGAACCCUGAACGACUCGGCGGACCCGACGGCCCCCUACGGCUUCCGGGUGAUCAGCUGGUCGAGCUGAGAGCGGCCCCUCGGCCCCUCGCUCGCCGGCCCCGCCGGGGGCUCCCGCGCCCGCGGGCGCGGCAUGGCGCUCCUCCUCCGCCCUCGUCGUCUCCUUUCCCCCCCCACUCGUGCCCGCCCCCUUCGUACUGCCGCGUGCUGCUCUCCUUGUUGACUCUCACACCCGCCUCUCGUUUUCGCUCCCCCUGCAUAUGCAGGAGGCGUGUGCGGAAGCGACCGCGACAAACAAGUGCGCCUUAG